CGCGCGACCGUCCAUCGAAGCGGGCACAAGUUUGCCAGAGCACGGUGGGUUUCAGUGAGCCUGAGAGUAUCUGGUGUGGCUGGAGGACUCUGACCGAAGGCAGGAAACGACAGGUGGUGAGAGUGAGACACCGAGGAAGAGAUGUAGACCGCGAGGCAGUGAAAUGGUGCAAGAAUAUCCCAUGAUCGUGGGAUUAUGAGAGCAACAUUCGUAUCUGGAUUAAAUCCAAUCCCCGAAGAGCUUGUAAUGCGGCCGGAUUUAAAUUGAAUGUGAUAUCCUUAUGGCAUUUCAACAGACGUGAAGUCCACCGACGUUGUCAAAGGGGCAUUGAAUGUGCGGUGAAUGAAAGAAAAGUGUUUAGCUUGAGCAAUGGCAGCAUAAUUGGUAUACAAUUUCUUUGAGGAAAAGCACCAAUUAUAGAGCGUCAAGAGUGGUUUCAGGCACUUUCGUGGGACUUUUAUCGAUUUCAGACGAGUUUAUAAAUGAAAUGUGAAUUGAAGAGACACGUUUUAAAUUAAUAAUUCAAUGAAAAUUGCAUUUUAGUCAAAAACAUACAUAGGCAGAAAGCAAUUAAUCUGCCAAUCUUCCAAUGAAUGCAUAAAGAAAAGAAACUUACCAAAGUAAUUGCUGUGAAGUGUAGGAAUAUCCUGAAAAAUUGUGCUAAUAUCCUCCAUGAUGGUUCAUUCAGUGGUGUGCUAAUCACUUAAUUGGCCAGUCAAUUGAAUCAUCCACAGAGCAUUUCCUCGUUUUUCCUCCCUCUUCUGUGAACGUGGAGAUAAUUGUACUUGAAAAAUGCAUACAAGACGUGCUAAUUGGAGUGAAAACAGCUGGAGAUGGAUUCUCUUCACAUUCGCCAUCAUCAACUUCUGGUGUGGAACUAAAUGUGAAGAUGAGACCAUCUCAUCCCUGCGAGGGCAUUCUGUGGUCCUCACGUGCCCUGUGGACGUCAGUUCCUGCGGUGAGCUGCACUCGGUCAAGUGGUUCAAGAGCAGCGAUCGAAUUGCCGUGGUUUCGGGCGAUGGAGAAGUGGUCAACAUUCAGGGAGAGUUUAAGCCUAGAAUGUCAAUCGAUCACUCACCAAAUGGGCCCGCCACACGUCUUCACAUAAAAGGCGUCCAAGUGAGUGAUGAGGACACUUACGUUUGCGAAAGUACUUUCUUGGAGCCGCUGGAGUCGUGCAAUAAUCUUGGAGCCUACAGCAUAGACUUCAAAGUUUUGGUCCCACCAUCGGCGAUAAUUGUGCUGGACGAUGAGGGCAAGCAGCUGAAGAAUUCCACAACGUUGGGACCUCUGCGCGAGGGACACACCUUGGGAGGCACUUGUGAAGUGCGAGGCGCUCGCCCAGCUCCACUCGUUGGAUGGUAUCGCUCGGGCAAGAGGCUCACAGACACUGUGACUAUCGAUGAGUCCAACGACUUGUUCCUGGUGAAGUCCACUCUGUCACUCGUGCUGUCUCGUCUGGAAUUGGCAUCGACCAUCGAAUGCCGCGUGGAGACACCAGCUCUCGAGCACGUCGUCAGCAAUCAGUUGGUGCUAGAUCUACAAGUUCGUCCGACAAAAAUCAGCCUGACGGGUGUGAAACAUCACACUGUUCAGGGCACAAAGGUGCUGCUGCAGUGUCAGGUAUUCGGCGCUCGACCAGCCGCCAAUGUGACGUGGUACAACUCAACACGAGCCCUCAAUCCCGACCACGAGCCACUGAGUACCAUCAGCACGAAAACGUAUUUGCAGAACGAUGGCACUUUCGAGACAGUCAGCCAGUUGAUUUUCACAGCGACACGCUAUGAGAACGGGGUGGCAAUCCGAUGUGAGGGUGACAACAUCGUGAUGAGGGAUGAUCUGGAGAAGCCCAUUCAUGAGACACUUGUCCUCGAAGUUAUGUAUCCGCCAGUGGUCACGGUGAAGCCAGACAAUAUCACGAUUAAUGAGACUGAGGACUUUCUGCUCUUCUGCGAGUACGAGGCUAAUCCCGCGAGUCUGGAGAGUGUUCGAUGGAAGCAGAACGGCAGUUUGAUUCAGAUCGGGCGGUCAGGGCGCUUCGAGGGUGGAAAUCCAGAGCAGACGGCUCUUCUGGUGAAGAACGCCUCCCGCACCGACAUCGGCAUCUACACGUGCGAACUCUCUAAUGCCAUUGGCAAUGACACGUCCGACAAUGCUGUCUUCGUGGAUAUACAAUAUGUGCCCACGGUGGAUUUGGCCAUGGAUCCCGCGUCGCCAAUCAUUGAGAACAACGCGUCCAACGUGACGCUGUACUGCAACGUGGUGCAAGGAAAUCCGGCUCAGCUGCUGAAGGUGCGCUGGUUCCUCGACGGGCAGCUGCUCAAGGAGCUCCCGGAGUGCGUGGGCAAUGAGUCGGGCGACGAUGAGGAUCUCUGCGGCAUCGAUCCCAGCAAAAUGCUGCUGCAGAAUGUGGGCAGAGACUUCCUGGGCAACUACUCGUGCGAGGGCUUCAAUGCCGCCGGCUGGGGCCCCAUGUGUGCCGACAAGGAGCUCGUGGUGUACUACGAGCCUGGAAAUGCCAGCAUCUUUCAUCGUCCGCAUAUACCGAUUAAGCGGAAGAGCGUCACGCUAUCCUGCAGCGUGGAAGACGGCGGCAAUCCAAACGCCACGCGCUAUCGCUGGCUGCGGGGCGACAAAUCUGUGAUGGACGUCGUGACGCCCAUGUGGACGGUGGAUCCCGUGGGUCUGGACUCCAGGACGAACUUCUCUUGCUUCGCGUACAACGAGGGCGGUGAGGGCAAUCCCGCCACUGUCCAACUGGACGUUUAUGCGGCGCCGGCGUUCAUCCAGAAGCUGCCGCCCUACACCGGGGCCCUGUUCUCCACGCCCGGCAUCUCGCUGUCGUGUCGCGUGGAGUGCAUUCCGCGCUGCAACAUCUCCUGGUUCAAGGACGGCAUGGGAAUCGAGGAGUACCGAGAGCAGUAUUACGUGAGGGACUCCUAUCUGCCACCGGAUCCGUCGACUGGGGACUUCGAGAGCACUCUCUCCAUCUUGCACUUCAACAUGUCCGCAUGGCCGGAUGAGAAAUUGGACAUCUUCCGGGACAGCGCAAAUUACUCUUGCGCCUCGUCCAACAACUCCGUUGGGGGUGGCGUGCGGAGUGCCACGUACUUCGGCGUUGAGUAUCCGCCAGAAAACACCACGGUGUCCAAUGUGGAGAUCACAGUGGAGGAGGGACAUCAGCCCCAGAGGAUUCUCUGCUCCGCCAAGGCAUAUCCAGAACCAACGUACGAGUGGCGACGACAAGGACAGGUGAUCGCCAAGGGAAAUGCUUUGAUAGUGAACAGAGGAAUGCACAGAUCCGAUUCGGGUCUCUACACUUGCAUCUCCUUCAACCGGCACGGGAAUCACAGCGCCGAGGCCUCGAUGAAUGUCCUCUUCAGGCCCAACUGCUCAAUUGUGCGCCGAGAGGUUGAGGAUGAGGACACACUCGUGUGCACGGCGUACGGCAAUCCGGAGCCCGUGGACUUCCACUGGUCGCUGCGAACGGAAAACGACACAAUCGAAGAGUACAACGUGCGACAGGAUGGCAUCAUGAGCUACCUGAUCCUCGAGGAUGGCGUGACAGAGACCAGGACUUAUCGGUGCAUGGCCAACAACUCUGUCGGCAUGGGCAGCGUGUGUGAGGUGGAUGUGGCUGGGCAUAUAGGAUGGUGGCAGCGAUGGGAUCGAAUGACUUUAAUCAUCCUAAUUGCGGCCGUAUUCGCAUUGCUGCUGGCUGUAAUCAUUGUGUGCAUCGUCAUUAUCUGCGUUUGCCGCAAGAGGAGGCGCCGGGAUAAAUAUCAAGACAAGUCUUCGGCCGCAGGAGAUCCGCUAACCGCCACCGAACCAGGCGAGUAUGAGAACCUUCCCUUCCACGGUUUGCAGAGUGCUCCGAAUAAGCCACUCGGACCGGAUGAUCUAGCUGGUGAUUUAGAAUAUGCCGAUGUCGAUUUCCGCUCCUACGGACCGAUUAACUACAAGGCAGCCUCAAUAUAUGCGCUAGUCAAGAAGCAGAAAAACGGAGCUUUAAAGGAAGUCUAAGAGUGUAAAGAAGAUAAUAUCCUUUUACUUGGCAGCAUUCUUCCUUAUCUGUAAGCGUUUCACUAAUCAUACAAAAUGUGUGGACAAAAGGAUUGCCAUCGCAUGUUUCACACCGUGAAUAUCUAAGAAGGAAUUCAAUUAGCACGAAAACUGUGGAAGACGUUAAUGAAAACAGGAUUAUUGUGAAGAAAAUCUGUCUAGAAAACAUUUUAGUGGACUAUACACACUAUAUUUAAGAAGAAAUACCGAAGAAAUAUUUGAAAAUUAAGAUGAAAUAUUUGUACAUGUUGACCAGAUUGUAAUGUUUUUAUCAGUUUAACCAAAAAAUAAAUAAAAAAUACAUGAAUGGAAAGAAAGAUAAGAUAAUCUUAUGUAGGAAAAAUUGUAAUGCAACCUUGCCAAAUACCACAAACGACUCUUAACAGAGAAAUCCUUUAAUUGGAAUAAAAUAGAUUAACCAAAUAGUAAAAUAACCAUAAUAUCAAAUCUAUGUAAUAGAAUUUAAAGAAACCAGAAGAAAUACCACACUAACAAUAUUGCUGUAUAGAUGGAAAUAAAAUAUUAAUACAUGUCAACAGGGAUUAUCGUAACAUUUAAUGGAAAUCAUGACUUUCUAUACACUUUAAGCCAAAUUUACUAAAAUCAAAUUGUAUAAUUUCUUACAACCAGAUGACUUCAGUGGAUACACUGCAAAUUCUUUUUCUUUCUUAAUGAUAACUUAAACUUGUAUGUGUAUAUUAUGUUAUUUAUUUUAGAACAAGUAAAAGUAAAAAAUCGAGAAAAUUGUGAAACAAUGUAUUGACUAAUUGUGAAUAAAGUGUCUGAUGAGAAUGUUGAGAAAA